AUGUCCGCUGCCAUUAGACGUCAAGUUAUGAGAGGUAUUACCUCCACUGCUCGCAUUACAGCUACCAGAACUACCCCUGUUCUUGUCAAGCAUGUCACUGCUCGCGCUUUCACUUCAUCAAGUGCUCCCAGAUUCAUUGCUCUCCGUACAUUGGGUAACCAAGUCUCUGCAAAGGACUCCAGACUCUACAGCUCUUCCUCUUUCCCUACUCACAAUGUCAUUGCCAUGCCUGCUUUGUCUCCCACUAUGACCGCUGGUGGUAUCGGUGCCUGGCAAAAGAAGGUUGGUGAUGAGAUCCAACCUGGUGAUGUCUUGGUAGAAAUUGAGACUGAUAAGGCUCAAAUGGAUUUCGAAUGUCAAGAGGAAGGUUUCCUUGCCAAGGUCUUGGUUGACACUGGUGCUAAGGACGUCGCUGUCGGUCAGCCCAUUGCUGUCUUUGUUGAUGAUGAAGCUGAUAUUGCUGCUUUCGAAAACUUCACUGUUGCUGAUGUCCAAGGCGGUGCCCCCGCUCCUGCUGCUGAAGAGGCUCCCAAGAAGGAGACCAAGUCUGAAGAGGCUCCUGCUCCUGCUGCUGAGUCCUCCGAGAGCAAGUCUGAUGCCACUCCCUCUCACGGUGGCCGUGUCUUGGCUAGCCCUCUUGCCAGAAAGCUCGCCGAAGAGCGUGGCCUUGACAUCUCCAAGGUCAAGGGUUCUGGUCCUAACGGUGUCAUCUCCAAGGAUGAUGUUGAAGGUUAUAAAGCUCCCGCUGCCGCUGCCGCUCCUGCUGCUGGAUCUGCUGCUCCCGCUCAAAUCCCUGCUGCUUAUGCUCCUCAAGGUGCUUCCGGUGAGGCUUAUACUGACAUCCCUACCACCAGCAUGAGAAAGAUCAUCGCUUCUCGUUUGAGCGAAUCCAAGCAACAAGUUCCUCACUACUACUUGACUGUUGAAAUCAACAUGGAUAAGACCAACAAGUUGCGUGAAGUUCUCAACAAGUCUGCUGAAGGCAAGUACAAGCUCUCUGUCAACGAUUUCGUUGUCAAGGCUUCCGCUUUGGCUCUCAAGUCUGUUCCUGAGGUCAAUGCUGCCUGGCAAGGAGAUUUCAUCAGACAAUACAACUCUGCUGAUAUUUGUGUUGCUGUUGCCACUCCUUCUGGUCUUAUUACCCCCAUUGUUACAGCUGCUGAAACCAAGGGAUUGUCUACCAUCUCCUCUCAAGUCAAGGAUUUGGCUACUCGUGCCCGUGAUGGUAAGUUGGCUCCUCAAGAAUACCAAGGUGGAUCUUUCACCAUCUCCAACUUGGGUAUGUUUGGUGUCAGCAACUUUACCGCUAUUAUCAACCCUCCUCAAUCAUGCAUUUUGGCUGUUGGUGGUGCUCAACAAAAGGUUGUUGCUGAUGAGACCACCGAAAGCGGAUUUGCUGUUCGCAAUGUCAUGGAAGUUACUUUGAGUGCUGACCAUCGUGUUGUUGAUGGUGCUGUUGGUGCCACUUGGUUGCAAGCCUUCAAGGGCUUCAUGGAGAACCCUCUCAAGAUGAUGUUGUAA